GCCUGGUUCGCAGCGGAAGUACCUUGCGAGCUCGCGCUAGUGUGGGUCGCGCAGUGCCCUGUGACCCGCCACCGUCUGGUACCGCCAGCUUCCGGCAUGAAGGGCUCGGGUGUCGAUACUGGCUCCUCCUCGCUCCAGCGCCAUGGAAUGCCUUCAGAGCCUGACCCGACUCCUGCCUCGCGCUCUGUGGCCGCCUCAGCGCAGCCUGUGUGCUCUGGCCUUGGGCCUGACGCCUAUGGCCCGCCCUGCUGCCGCAUGCACUACCCCAGCCAAACCACUGGGAAGGACCCGGGCCGCGCUGCUGUGCAGACCCCACCUCCGCCUGCAAGGUGAAGUGUACCAUUCUAGAACUUCUGAUGUCUCUCAAGCCACUUUAGCCAGUGUAGCCCCCGUGUUUACUGUGACAAAAUUUGACAAAGAGGGAAGUGUUACUUCUUUUGAAAGGAAGAAAACUGAUUUACAUCAAGAAUUAGGUCUUCAAGCCAGAGAUUUGAGGUUUCAGCAUCUAAUGAGCAUCACAACCAGAAAUAAUAGGAUUAUCAUGAGAAUGGAGUAUUUGAAAGCUGUGAUAACUCCAGAGUGUCUUCUGAUUUUAGAUUAUCGUAAUUUAAAUUUAGAGCAAUGGCUAUUCCGGGAACUCCCUUCACAGUUAGCUGGAGAGGGUCAACUCGUUACAUACCCUUUACCUUUUGAGUUUAGAGCUAUAGAAGCACUCCUGCAAUAUUGGAUCAACAGUCUGCAGGGAAGACUUAGCAUUUUGGAACCACUGAUCCUUGAGACAUUGGAAGCUUUAGUGGAUCCCAAAUAUUCUUCUGUAGACAGAAGCAAACUGCACAUCUUACUACAAAAUGGCAAAAGUCUUUCAGAAUUAGAAACAGAUAUUAAAACUUUCAAAGAGUCAAUUUUGGAAAUCUUGGAUGAAGAAGAGUUGCUUGAAGAGCUUUGUUUAACAAAAUGGAGUGACCCACAAGUCUUUGAAAAGAGCAGUACUGGAAUUGACCAUGCAGAAGAGAUGGAGUUGCUGAUGGAAAACUACUACCGAUUAGCUGAAGAUCUUUCCAAUGCAGCUCGGGAACUUAGGGUACUGAUUGAUGAUUCUCAGAGUAUUAUAUUUAUCAAUCUGGACAGCCAUCGUAAUGUUAUGAUGAGGUUGAAUCUACAGUUGACCAUGGGAACCUUCUCUCUUUCACUGUUUGGACUAAUGGGAGUUGCUUUUGGAAUGAAUUUGGAAUCUUCCCUUGAAGAGGACCAUAGAUUGUUUUGGCUGAUUACAGGGAUUAUGUUUAUGGGAAGUGGCCUAAUGUGGAGGCGUUUGCUGUCAUUCCUUGGACGACAACUAGAAGUUCCUUUGCCUCCUAUGAUUGCCUCUGUACCUAAAAAGACCCUUCAGGCAGAUAUAAGGAUGGAAGUGAAACACAGCUUAAGGCCAGAUGGACUUGGAUCAAAUAGGAGUGUCCUAACAAACCGUUACGAAUAGCCUGGUGGAAACUGAAUUAUUUUUUUUAUGGUAGUCACACAAACUUCUGAUAACUCUUACUACAUUUUAAUAGAGUCAAAGAUUUGAAAAAAAUAAAACACUGAUAUUUUGUCUGAUGAUAAAAUUGCGGCAGUCCGAUACUAGAACUUAAUUACAUUUUGAGUAAAGAAGCAAAGUGUUUGGUUUCUAAAAGGCCAAAAUUAUAUUUCCUACAAUCUUAAAAAGCUGUUUUUAUGGAUAAGGUGUGAGUCAUGGAGAGAGCAAAACAAGAAUAGAUUGUGUAUAGGUUUUAUUUAAUGUAUACAUAUCAAGAAAAGUGCAGUCUCCUGCCAGACAAAGCCUGGAAACACACCCAGUUAUGGGAUCAGGUAGAUGUAGUUCUUACUGUACGGAAUCACAUUCUUGCAAAUUUCUUGAUGUUCAGGUGACUAUAAAGCUAGCAAAAUAUUUAUUAACCUUAAAACAAACUGGAAGUUUAUGCUUUAAGUCAGUCUUUGACAUAACCUUAUUUUUUGUACUUGCCUUCUUUUUAUAAAAGGUAAAUAAAAAGGAAAUAACAGCUUUAUAUAGAUUACAGUUAAUACUUCAAUUUCUUUUUUUGUGUGUUUGAAUUUGUUUCUCUUAUUUUUUAUUUUUUUUUAGGAGAGCAAGGCAGAGGCUUUUAUUUAGAGAGAAAGUGAGAGGACAGAGCUCCUGACUCAAGCCAGGAGGGGACAAGAGAGUCCCAAUUUCUUGACCCCUGAAACUGUUUUUCUUUGUUUGGCUAUAAUUAAAGCCUUUGGAAAUAGAUUUAAAAGAAAGUAUUCCCUGUUACUUUAUAUAAAGCUGCUUUGGUCAUUCCCUGAUUUUAAGAAUAGAUGGAUGUGUCACCCCAAUACCUCUCCCAAGAAAGGGAAAUGUAUGCCUACCCUUCAGAGGUUGAUGGGUGGGCUUUCUGAAAUGAGCGUAAACUUCAGAGUUUGUGAUCUUUCUGUUUUCACAAUCAGAUUUGAGUUUUAAAAAAAUAGCUGAGAUUUAUGUCUCAAAGCUGCUAUCCUACUUAAUAUGUUAACUACCAUUUUUAUAUUUUCUAGAGGUUAAAUAUAGCUCUGCAACAGAACAUGUUAUAUUUGCCUCCAAAAGUAGCAUGCAUGGAAGAGUAGAGUAUCCAGAGCAGCUCUUGUACCGCAAAUGUAGUAAUAAGAAAAAAAAAUGCAUACCCUAAUGUUUUAGAGGUUACCUCACAUCCUAAUAUGUCAUAUAAGUUUAAGGGUCCAAUUACCAAGUGGUAUGGUGACAGGAAUAAAAGUGUUAUUUCAGUAGGUGAUUUGAAAGGAAACAGAUAAAAUUAUAAGCAGUUUUCCUCAUUCCUAUGUGGCGUUAUGAGGAGCCAUUAAAGGGAAGCUAAAGAAUAGAAUGUCACAAACCAGACUGCCCUUGUCUUGGAGCACUGAGUGACCCAUUUGGCACCUUGCAGGUAAGGAGCACAGUUUAUGGUGUGGCUCUUGGAAUGUGAAUAUAUAGCACCCUCUAGCAUCAUAAACCUGUUGGAUGAUUUUUAAGCAAGUAUUGUUAAUAUGUUUGUACAAAGUAUCUUUGAUAAUACUUAGAUGUCAUGGGGCACUUUGGCCCACCUCAUAGCACUCUGUUUUGGAUCUUAUCACUGUAAAAUAUGUAAUACAUUACUUAACUGUGACACAUGGAGAAUUGGAAGCUCAGACAGCAAAAUCUGAUUUGACUGAGGUCAGGCAUGGGAUAGAAUUUUGGCUUUUUUCCCUUUUAGAGUUACUUAUAGUUUGGGGUAAUUUUUUUGAUGAGUAAUAAAAAAAUUAUAAAUAACAUCAUC